CAGCACUUUGCCUGCUGUGACGUCAGCCCGGUGCUGAGUGACAGCGGAGGCGACCAAUGAGCCUUCGAGCGCUCCGCGGGACUGGCCAAUCGGAGCGGGAACCGGAAGGAGGCGAGGGCGAGCGAUGGCGACGCUGACAUCGCGGUUGAUUGUGCUCCCCAGCCGUGUGGCGCUGGCCGCGGGUGCCGCCGUUUACUGGCUCGCCGUCCACACGAUGAUCACCGUCGCCUGCAUCAUGUUCCUGCUGAAGGCGGCCUGGGUGGUCGUCAGGAAGCGAAGGCAGGCCUUCGAGUGGCGGGUGCGGGAGAGCCCCCCCGCUUGCCUGAACGACCCGUCCCUGGGGGCGCAUUGCUUCGUUCGGCUCAAGGAUUCAGGGCUGCGGUUUCACUAUGUUGUGGCUGGGGAGAAGAACAAGCAAUUGAUGUUGCUGCUACAUGGCUUUCCAGAGAUCUGGUAUUCAUGGCGUUACCAGCUGCGGGAGUUCAAAAGUAAAUACCAAGUGGUGGCUGUGGACUUGCGUGGUUUUGGGGAUUCUGAUGCACCCACUGAUCGAAGUGACUACAAAGUGGAGCGUUUGCUGGCUGAUGUCAGAGGCAUUAUUGAAGCUCUAGGACAUAACAGCUGCAUUCUCGUCGGACAUGACUGGGGAGGUGUCAUAGCUUGGAAUUUGGCUAUUUGCAACCCGGAGAUGGUGGAGAAAUUGAUCAUCCUGAACGCACCACAUCCAACAUCAUUCCAUCGCUACCUGUGGCAACACCCAUCCCAGCUUCUGAAAUCCAGCUAUAUGUUCUUCUUCCAAGUACCAAAACUUCCAGAACUUUUCAUGCAAAUGGAUGAUUUUAAGAGCCUGAAGGAUGUUUAUAUGAGUGAAAUAUCUGGAAUCAAAAAUAAAAAUAGUAGAUUGACUGAGGAAGAGUUGGAGGCCUAUGUUUACAGUUUUUCUCGGCCUGGAGCACUGGUGGGCCCCCACAACUACUACAGGAAUAUUUUCAGAUCCAUAUCUACUCAAGCCUUACCAAACAAGUCGGCUACUCUUAUCAAUUCCAUCAUGAAUGAUUCUGGAAUUUUGGAUAUUUGGAGAUUUCUACACCCCAAAGAAAAAGUGUUCUCAUUUUUUUCAUGUUUAUCAUUCUUACUCUAGAAUUGAUUACUUUUUUAUUGACUCUCGUCUCAUCCUAUCUGUGAUUGACUGUAACUAUGACAUUAUUGCCAUUUCUGAUCAUGCUCCAAUGAAACUUUCUAUCAAAUUAAUGGAUAUAGCUCCUAGUAUUAGACAAUGGCGAUUUAAUUCCAAUCUGCUUCAAGACUCGGAUUUUGUUAAGCUCAAGAGGGAACAGAUUGAUUUCUUCUUUUCAACUAAUUUUACUGAAGAAAUCUCCAACGGGACACUUCGGGACACUUCGGGACACUUUUAAGGCAUAUAUCCACAGUCAGGUUAUUUCCUAUUCUGUUGGUAUGAGGAAACGUAUUAAGAAUGAAACAUUAUUAUUGGUUGAUAAGAUCAAAGAAAUUGAUAAGAAAUAUUCCAUCGCUCCUAGCACGGAGCUUUAUAAACAGAGAGUCAAUUUUCAAAUGGAAUAUAAUUUAUUACUUACAUCCUCGAUUGAAAAUCAGUCAAAGAAAACCAGAAGUGAGUUUUAUAUACACAGUGAUAAAUCGGGUAAAAUUUUAGCGAGUCAAUUGAAAACUACCUUGGUUAAACGCCAAAUCAUUAAGAUUCGUAAACAUGAUAAUUUGACAGUUAAUCAUGAUGAAAUAAACAAAUCUUUUCCAGAUUUUUAUACCUCUUUAUGUAAUUCUGAUUUGCCCAAUGAUCCUAAUCUCAUGUCUGACUUGUUAAGAAAAUUGAAUUUUCCAAAAAUAUAAUCCGAUGAACGUUUAAUAUUAGAAACUCCCAUUACAGAUGAAGAAAUAAAAGGUGUUGUUCUUUCACUGAAUUCUGGUAAAGCACCAGGUCCAGACAGUUAUACAGUAGAAUUUUUUAAGUGUUUCUCUUCCAUUCUCUCUCCUUGGCUAGGUAGAGUUUUUAAAGAAGCAAUUAGAUUAGGUAAUUUACCACAACCAUUUUAUAGGACUUCUAUUUCCUUAAUUUUAAAAAAGAAAUAAGAUCCUACUGAUAGUGCAUCAUAUCGACCGAUAUCUUUGUUGAAUGUAGAUUCUAAGAUUUUUUCUAAGAUGUUGGCGACUAGGUUGGAGAAGGUAUACCUGGAAUUAUAUCUGUGGACCAAACUGGAUUUAUUAAAAACCGUUGCUCUUUUAACAUUAGGAGAUUAAUGAAUAUUGUUUACACUCCUUCAUGUAGUACUCCAGAAUGUGUCAAUUCAUUAGAUGCUGAGAAAGCAUUUGACAGAGUUGAAUGGCCAUAUUUAUUUACUGUACUUGAGAAAUUUAAUUUUAGACAUUUAUAUCUUGGAUUAAAUUGAUAUAUAAUGCUCCAGUAGCUUCAGCUAACACUAAUAAUUAAAGAUCUUUUUUUUUGCUUAUUUCGGGGCACUAGGCAAGGUGUGUCUUAGUCCAUUAUUAUUUGAUAUUGCUCUGGAACCUUUAGCAAUUGCUAUUUGAGAAUCACCUAAUAUUCCUGGCAUUACCUGCAGAAAUGAGAUACAUAAGCUAUCAUUAUAUGCAGAUGAUUUAUUAUUGUAUAUUUCUAACCCUGAGGAAUCAAUUCCCACAGUUUUAUCUUUGUUGGCUCAGUUUAGUAAUUUUUCGGGUUACAAACUGAACCUUAAUAAGAGUGAACUGUUUCCUCUAAAUAUGCAGGUUCCAAUUUAUGGAUGUUUACCCUUUAAAUUGGUUACCGACUAUUUCAUAUAUUUAGGGGUUAAAAUGACAAAAAAAGUAAGGAUUUAUUUAAGGCUAAUUUUUUACCUUGAAUUGAUCAGAUUAACCAUUUAUUUACCAAUUGGUCACCAAUGUCUUUGUCAUUGAUAGUUCGGAUCAAUGCUUUCAAGAUGAUUAUAUUACCUAAAUUUUUAUAUUUAUUUCGAGCGGUACCAAUUUUUAUUCCGAAAUGUUUCCCCCUUCGCAUGUGCCUCAGUGUGAUUUAGUUCUGCUGUAGUUCAUAUUCUUGCUGUUUGAAUUAUUGUUCAUUUUCAUUGAUUAUAUAUUGAAUAUAAGACAAUACUUUUUUGUUACCCAAGUAGAUAAGGUCACUUCCUUCUUUUUCUCUUUUUUUCCAUCUUUCAUUUCUUUUUCGCUCUUUCAUCUCAGUCUUGACCUUCCUUUGCUCUCUCUCUCUCACUCCCACUCCCUCUCACUUGACACCCCCCUCACUCCCACUCUCUCUCUCUCACACCCUCUCUACCUUACACCCCCACUCACUCUCUGUCUCACCCUCUCAUUCUCCCUUUUGCCAUUUCUACUUCUCUGUCCUGCCCCCUCUUUCACCCUUGCAGCCUUGCUCUCUUGCCCUUGCCCCCCCACCUCAGCCCUUGCCCCUCCCACCUCUCUUACCCUCACUCCCCCUCUCUCACUCUCUCACAUUUCUCUGGUUGGCUACUUUGCUAAUUUUGCUAACAUCAGCCAUCAGAUAGAAUGGUGAAAUAAGCUGUAGAAGAUGAAUGCUUUGUUCCUAACUUUCUCCAAUGCAGCUUAAAUUGCUCUCAUUUUUUUAACAAAAAUAACGACUGGGAAAGAGAUGAGCUGUGAAAAAGGUAGUGGGGUCAUUCGGUAGUGUAGGGGGUAAUGUUUCAGUAGAUGAUCCUUUGCCUUUUCUGGAACCAAAAAGGUGAUAAGAAAAUGUCCUGUCCAGAACAUUAGUAUUAACCACAUUCUUCUUUUUCUUGGGUCCGAAGCUCCCAGUGGAGCAUAGCCCAUUGAUGACCUCCUGUUCACCUCAUUUGGUGCUGUAUAACUCUUAACGUGCUUUCACCUUGUAGCCCCCUCUGGGCUCGUCUGCAAACUUAGCUUGUUAGCCAGCUCUGCUAUCAGCCACAGGACUCAGCGGUGAAAAGACCACCUUUUAUAAACAAUAUACGCCUAUGGUUGGUAUAAUUUGGGGUUCAACCAAACAAGAAAGUUGGGAUGUUCUGAUUAAAGGAACCCUGAUUUGAGAGAAUGCUGUGUAAAUAUUGCCCAUACACAGUUAUUGGUUGGCAAGAAAUAACAGAUUGUACACUGCAUAAAAUUAUAAAAAUAUAUUUACAAAUUUCGGCUUUACUGAACAGUUAGUGGAAAGAGAAAAGAAAAAAAGGCCCAUUACAGUUAAACCAGUCCAAUAUGCACAGAAAGUUGGAGCUUAUCCUGCAGUUGUCUUAAUUCAAGGAACUCAAGGUGGCGGCGCGACGCAGCUUGCAGCAGCCACUCCAGAACUGAUUAUCUGUUAUUUGUGAAGUGGGGUGCUGUGCGCAAUCAUAAUCGAUUGAAAACGGACGUGGAAGCACGGGGAAACAUUGGGAAAUUCCAGGAAGACCUUCUUCGUUGCUGCUGCUGCUGUGAGGUCCGGGACUCUGCUGGGAAGAACAGGCCCCCAGUUCUCGGGGUCGCGUUGCCGAUGGCCGUUGGCGGGGCCGUCUUAAUACGCUCUGCAGAGGAUGGUGCUCGGAGAAGCUGUGCCGGAGGGGAUGGUCGGCUCGGAGGUUUGAUGGACUCGGAGUCCUUUCGACGGACUUAGGUCACUUUUGGUGUGUGCUGCGUCUGUGAGGCUAGUUUCGACGGAGCUUCCAUUGUGUGCUGUGUCUGGGAGGCUGAGUCGGGCUGCGCCUUGGAAGUCCAUAGUGGGGGUAUUCCCUUCUGCCGCCGGCGUGGAAUGGCGAGUCUGUCGGGACCCUGGGGACUUGUGGAAACUGUGGUGAUUUCUUUUGAACUUACAGUCCUUUAACAUCUUGGGCUAUUUUUACUGUGCCCAUAGUCUUUUUUAAAUCAAUUAUGCUAUUGUUUGCACUGUUGUAACUAUGUAGUUUUGUGCAGGUCUUGUAGCUUUAGUUUUUGGUCUUGUUUUUGUCUGGUGGAUUUGGAGCUCCUUUCUGGGGAACAUGCUAGACGGUAGUGCGAUAUUAAUACGCAGCAGCCUUUCUGGACUCUGGAUUGGGGAUUGCCAAACGUUAUGUGGAUUUUCUGGUGUAGUCUGUUUUGUCAUAUGCUUUUGUGAUAUCAUUCUGGGGGAAUGUUGUCUCAUUUUUUAACUGCAUUGCAUUUGUGGUUUCUAAAUGACAAUAAACUGAAUCUGAAUCAUGAACUGGAUAUGCCUGAAACUGGACAUGAUAUGCCUGAAAGCACACAGCACAUUCUGGACUUUGCUCGAAAUCCAUCUCGAACAAGUGGGCUCUCUCGGGAGCAUUGGCCCUUCCUCCUUGCAGCCAUUCAUUUGCACGAAGCACUUUGUGCAACCGGGACGCUCGUUCCCACAGCAUUCUCAGCCACCGUCCCUCCUGUCCUCCCCACAGCUCCUGCCAAAAAAUAACCCGCGAACAGCACUGUCACCAAAAUCUCUCCCUAGAACUUUCUCCCGAUUCCACCAUCCUGAUUGGCUGACACAACAUUCCUGAGCGGAACAGUGGAGCUCUUAUCUCUAGCUGAAACCAGAACAUUCUACCAGCAGGGCACACUGCUUUUACAGAAAACAGCUGAAAUGAAAUACCUACAGCAUAGCAUUAGAAAUCUUAAACAGGGCAUUACAUCUUUUGACAGUCUCAACUUGCAGCUGCUGUAGUACUUGAUUUACAUCACAAGAAGUUUCCGGUGACUUUUGAACACAUGCAACAGGGAGUUGCAAGUAUUGAUCUCUGGGCUGUAUUCUUUGCCUCAGAGGCACAUUAAACCAAUGAAAUACAGUGCAAUGGGCUAAUGUAUGCUUUGUGCAUGGGAAUUCCUGCAGGACAGUUCCAGUGUACUUAAAGCCCAAGGCAUGUGCAAGAGAACUAGGGCAGAGCACUCUGUGUGUACUGUCAGCUCCUUUUGCCAAGGUGGAGAAGUGGAGCUGCCUCAGUACUUUGGAGAUGACGUGAUCAGCUAUAGAGGUGAUUUGGGGUUACUGCCAACAUCUGCCAGAAGUGGAGAGUGGGGGUUAGGGGUAUGAAAAUGCUGGGAUGUAGUGGUGCUAGUCACUAGCCACACACUCAGAAAUUAAUUUUACAGUAGAAUCAAAACAUGUAUUGUUUGCUGUUCAAAGUAUGUCUUUUAUAUGGAGGACUCAAACUAAGAAUCUCACAGGAACAGCAGAGAAAGCAAUCAAUCACGACUUUUAAAAUUGUUCCUUUACCUAACACGUAAGAUACAUGAUGUAGCAGAACUAUCUUUAUUCUCUUAUAUGAACGCUCACCAGCUGUACGAUGGUUAACUUAGAGUGGCCAUUUAACUUAUCAACCAGCACAUCUUUUUUGGAUGUGGGAGGAAAUUUGAUCACCCAGACAAACCCAUACAGUGAAGGAAGACAAUACCAAGACUACUGAACUACCUGGUAUGUAACUGAUAUCAAUAGAUAGCAGGACCACUGAACCCUUGACAUACAAACUAUUGCUUAUGAGUGACAGCGGCACCAAAGAUAGAUCUGUGGAGAUUUGGUAAGAUUUAGCCUUCUGUCCUGAAUAAAUUUUAUUCACUUUUCCAUAUUCCAGAGUAACAUUUUUGCCAUACUUUAGAUACUGAUGUUGCCGCACAACAAGUAAGAACAAGCAACAACAGCAUUGAUAUAGCAACUGUAACACUGUAAAAUGUCUCAGAGUUUCACUGGUGUGUUAUCAGAUAGAAUUUGGUAGGGAACUAUUGUGUUUUCUUGGCUGAAGAUUCACAUAAGGCAUUUCAAAGUUAGUGGAGAAGGGGUGUGGAAGAAGGGAAGAUAAAUGGAGAAGUGGAAAUGGUUAGAAUCAUGGAAAAUAAGAGCCACAGGUGAGUAUUUGACAUUUCGGGCUUGCUCCACCAUUUAACACUAUCAUGGCUGAUCAUCUAUUUUAUUCUCCUGCCCUCACUUUCUCCCCAUGUCUGUCAUUCAUGUUCUAAAUGCUAAAUAGUUAGUCUUUGUUUCUGUUGAAGUGAUCUAAUUACAAAUUGUAAUCAAUGUUUAACUCACAAGAACAAUGCGUAAAGGAUAGUAACUUGCUUCAGAUGAAUCUCCGCCAUUUGUAUGUAGCUUUGUAGCAUAGCUGAUGGGAAGCAUCUAAUUGUUUUUUCUCUAGCAAGCAUGUACCUUGUCUUCUGUUCCUAGGACCUAGAAGACUCUGAUAACAUAGAGCUUGAGUUCGUGAUAUUUUGAAACUUGAUAACAGCCUGGAGAGAAAUACCUGACUUGAGCACAAUCUGGAAAUAGAAAUAUAGAACCACAGAAAAUCUACAGCACAAUACAGGCCAUUCAGCCCAAAAUGCUGUGCCGAACAUGUCCUUACUUUAGAAAUUACCUAGGGUUACCCAUAGCCCUCUAUUUUUCUAAGCUCAAUGUACCUAUCCAGGAGUCUCUUAAAAGACCCUAUCGUAUCUGCCUCCACCACUGUUGCCGGCAGUCCAUUCCACGUACUCACCACUCUCUGCAUAACAAACUUACCCCUGACAUCUCCUCUGUACCUACUUCCAAGCACUUUAAAACCGUGCUCUCUUGUGCUAGCCAUUUCAGCAGAUGUCUCUCAUCAUCUUAUACACCUCUAUCAGGUCACCUCUCAUCCUUCACCGCUCCGAGGAGAAAAGGCCAAGUUCACUCAACCUAUUCUUGUAAGACAUGCUCCCCAAUCCAGGCAACAUCCUUGUAAAUCUCCCCUGCACCCUUUCUAUAGUUUCCACAUCUUUCCUGUAGUGAGGUGACCAGAACUGAGCACAGUACUCCAAGUGGGUUCUGACCAGGGUCCUAUAUAGCUGUAACAUUACCUCUUGGCUUUUAAACUCAAUUCCAUGAUUGAUGAAGGCCAAUGUACUGUAUGUAUUCUUAACCACAGAGUCAACCUGCGCAGCAGCUUUGAGCGUCCUAUGGACUCGGACCCCAAGAUCCCUCUGAUCCUCCACACUGCCAAGAGUCUUACCAUUAAUACUAUAUUCUGCCAUUAUAUUUGACCUACCAAAAUAAAGUACUUACCUGGAUUGAACUCCAUCUGCUACUUCUCAGCCCGGUUUUGCAUACUAUCGAUGUUUCACUGUAACCUCUGACAGCUCUCCACACUAUCCACAACACCUGCAACCUUUGCUAUACUUCACUUGCAUUUCACUUUGAAAUUGGAGAGUUGAUUUUCUAUAAACUGCUUCAGUUCUUGCAGUCAGUUUAGACACUAGGUUUUCUAUUUACCUAGUUCAGUUGUUUCACAGUUAGGCUUCAUUCUCUCAGAUUCCCUGGAAGACUUGUCUGAGUUCAUUCUUUCCUUGUCUUCGCUCUUUCCCCAAGAGAUUGAUUUUCAAACAGUUGGUGUUCAAAUCUUCAGCCAGUUGUCUAUAUAGAAUAAAAGCGUAAAAAAGGUCUGAGUUACGAUGAAGUGCAAGCAGUCUUCAGGAGGGUGAACCCACGAAAAGCAUCUGGCCCAGAUUGUGUACCUGACCUGUGCUGAUGAAUUGGCAGGAGGGUUCACUGAGAUCUUUAACCUCUCACUUCAGCACACCUGCUUCAAUUAUACAGGCGCCUUGGGAGAAUGUGGUAACCUGCUCGAUGAUUAUUGUCCAGUAGCACUUACAUCCACUAUGGUGAAGUGCUUUGAGAGGUCAGUGAUUAAACUUAUCAACUCCUGCCUCAGAAGUGAUUUGGAUCUACUCCAGUUUGCCAACCAGAGCAACAGGUCCAUAGCAGAUGCCAUCUCAUUGGCUCUUCACUCAACCCUGGAACAUCUGCACAGCAAAGAUGCAUACAUCAGGGUGCUCUUUAUCGACUACCGCUCAACAUUCAAUAUCAUAAUCCCCUCAAAACUAAUCAAUAAGCUCCAAGUCAUUGGCCUCAAUACACUUGUGCAGUUGGAUCCUCGAUUUCCUCACUUGUACGCCCUAGUCAGUUUAGAUUGGCAACAACAUCUCCUCCACAGUCUCCAUCAGCAGGGCUGUGUGCAUAGCCCCUUGCUUUACACUUACGACUGUGUGGCUAAGCACAGCUCUAAUGCCAUAUUCAAGUUUGCUGAUAACACCUCUGUUGUCUGAAUGAAAGAUGGUGAUGAAUCAGCAUAUAGGAGGGAGAUUGAAAAUCUGGCUGGGUGGUGUCACAACAACCACUCACUAAAUGUCAGCCAGACUACAGGAGAAGGAAGCCAAAGGUCCAUGAACCAGUCCUCAUUAGAGGUGGAGAGGGUCAGUAACUUUAAAUUCCUCGCUGUUAGUGUUUGAGAGAACCUGUCCUGGGCCCAGCAGGUUAGUGUAAUUACGAAGAAAUCAUGGAAGCAUCUUUACUUCUUUAGAGUUUGCAAAGAUGUCAUGCGGAAUCUAAAACUUUGACAAACUUCUGUUGGUGUGUAGUGGACAGCAUAUUAACUGGCUACAUCACAGCUGGUAUAGAAACAGCAAUACCCUUGAAUGGAAAAUCCUACAAAAAGUAAUGGAUACGGCCUGGUCCAACACAGGUAAAGGCAAAGUACACUGCAGAUGCUGUGGUCAAAUCAAUAUAUACAAAAAGGCUGGAGGAACUCAGCAGGUCGGGCAGCAUCCAUUGAAAUGAGCAGUCAACAUUUCGGACCGAGACCCUUCGUCAGGUAAAGGCCUCCCCGUUGUCGAGCAUGUCUACACGAAAUGCUGUUGCAGAAAAGCAGCAUCCAUUGUCAGGACCCCUCACCACCCAGAACAUGUUCUCUUCUUACUGCUGCCAGCAGGAAGAAGGUGCUGGAGCUUCAGGACUUGCAGCCUUAAGUUCAGGAACAGUUAUACCCCUCAACCAUCAAGUUCUUGAACCAAAGGGGAUAACUUCACUCAACUUCACUUGCCCCAUCAUUGAAAUGUUCCCACAACGUAUGGACUCACUUUCAAGUACUCUUCAUCUCAUGUUCUUGAUACUUAUUGUUUAUUAUUUAUUAUUAUUAUUAUUAUUAUUAUUAUUUCUUUAUUUUUGGAUUUACACAAUUUGUUGUCUUUUGCACACUGGUUGAAUGCCAAGUUGGUGUGGUCGUUCAUUGAUUCUGCAAUGGUUAUUAUUCUAUGGACCUAUUGAGUGUGCCCACAAUAAAAAAAAUCUUAAGAGUUGUUUAUGGUGACAUAGAUGUACUUUGAUAAUAACUUAACUUUGAACUGCUUAGCUUGGGAAAGGAUUAAGCUGUGUCUAGAUUUACAGAAUGAAUGGUCACAGUUCCUGGUUGGUGAUUGCACUUAAAGGUGAUUAUACACAUGGAAGAUUUGCACUGUUACCAAUUGAGCAAAGUUGGUCAUUGCUAACUGGAUGUAUUUGCUUC